AUGUUUACGAACUUUAAAGAUCAAUUUGCAAUUAACACGUAUCGUGUUGACAUAUCAACCUCCUCUUUACACGAAUUUGAACCAUGGGAAAAUUUAUUGUUUCAUUUAUUGGUUGCCCUAAGUCUUGCCUUAAUCGUCUAUGCUGCUUGCGAGCCAUACGUCGCAGGUGAUAUCUCUUCAACUCUUGGUCAAUCACAUUUAUCCGCAAAAUCUUCAAGUACAAGUACGUUAAAUUUGCCAAGUUCAAUAUCUUCAAAUCCUAUAAGUCCAACAAGUGCGUCAAAUCCUACAAAUUCGACAAAUUCGACAAAUUCAACAAAUCCAAUAAACUCUUCAAAUUCAAAUUUUACUGUACCAUCUGUAAUUGUUCAAUAUAAUACGGUCGAUGUACCUUCAAAUAAUGGGACAUGGUCUAUUUGUUCAAGUAACGCUACGAAAUAUAUCAGUUACAGUGUAAAAGUUGUCGACAACAGUUUUCCAAUAACCCCUGGAUAUGGGAACUCAACGUCUGGCCUUUCAUCCCCUCUCGUUACUGCACCUGUUGUUGGUAUAAUUGCUCAAAUCCGAUACGCAAAUUCACUCAAAUUCAUUCCUUCAUUAUCUUGCUAUCAACAAUUUGUUAUUUCCUGUGAUCAAGAUACUGGGAAUAUACCGAUUCAAGAUAAUGAAAAUUAUUGUUUGGAUAUAAUAAACUCUACUCCUAAUUCACAAAGAGUCAACGUUACUAUAUCUUUUACACAAAGUUCUGUCUUUGAAGGUGGUGGUUUUACUAGUGCUAAUCAACCUGGUGGAAAUAUUGAACCUUCAGCUUCAACAAGUCUGGCAAAUAUUCCAAUGUCAUACAUAUGGGUUGAAUGGUGCGUUUGCACAAUGGUGUUAGUAAUGUUGUUAAUGUAA